AUGUCACAGGAUGAGUCUCCCUAUUGGGACUCGCACGAGCAGGAGGAAGUUCCCUUCUACCAGCGGCCGGCGUUCCGAACGAUUGCAUCAAUAUGGGCUGUGCUUUUCUUCGGCAUGUUGUUCGUGAAUUGGCUUGUCCAGAGCAUAGUGAAGGGCAGUCAGACAGCCUCAAUAGACCGGGAGGUGCUCAGUGCCCUACAGGCGGCUGUAUAUGAAGUAGUGAAGGACCAGAAGGACUUGGUGUCUAGAGUGGAUGACCAGUACCUAGAUCUGCUCAGUCGUAUCAACGAUCUCAGUACAGGAGUCCGCAGGAUGGGCCAUGCCCUACGAGAGCCCUUGUCUCUUGAAAGGCUUCAGGGUAUCGUACAAGUCCCUAGAGAGGAGAACAGGUCUACCAUGGUGUUUUGCGUAGUCUCGAUCGUCUUGGCCGUAUUGAUGCAUUAUAUAGUACUACGAAAGGAUGAGGGGCAGGAUAUGAGGAGGAUUCGGGAGAGGUGUGGUAGUCCACGUCGUUGCCAACAAGCUGUACUACAGUGUGGCGUUAUGAACCCGCCGCCAGCGUAUAAUCCCGAGGUGGUCCCCAUCGCGGCUUGGAGGGAUGCCCCCAUGAUGCCUGUUACACCUCGAGCAAGGAAAGCUGUCGUAGCGGCACGGAAAGCAGAUGUGAAGGAACAUCGGCUGAGCGCAUGUGUGGUGUGCAUGGCGUCGACGAGUACCCAUGCGAUCGCGUUGCAAUCCCCCCCCAGGUCCCAUGUGGGCACCGGUGUUGCUGUGGCCUCUGCCAUACAAGACUAA